AUGGCAGAUUCUUCCAAUACUUCACUGCAUCCUGUUCAAAUCCCAGAAUAUAACCAACCAAAUGCAGACCACAUUCGUGAAUCCAAUGAGGUUCUAACUACAGAAUCAUCUUGUUUAUCGCCAUCUAAGAAAGCUGAUUUUCUGAGUCCCCCAAGGAAACCCGACCGAGAGAAAGUUUUAACCAAUGACAAUGUGGAGAAGUCGACAGUGUCAGCGAAGAAUGCAGCAUUGCCCAUGUCUGAUUCUGCGGUUAAAUCUGCAGUUACCGUAUUACCCCAACGUUCAUCAUCUGCAAAGCCGACUAAUGUGUUCAGUGCUAGGGCUUUGGGCGUAGUAAGCCCAGUGAAGGAAAUGAUGAGAAAUGAUAAAGAUAAAUUGGUAAGUACAACGAAAGUCGAUGGCGCUAUGUUUGCUUUCGCUCCACCGAUGAAACGGGGACCUUCAGCAAGUUUUCAUCGCGAAGAAACUGCUACAAAUAUUUCUCGGUCUCUCCCGUCAUUCACUGAAACGGCAUUCAAGGCUACUGCUGAAAAGGCUGUGGAUGGUUUUUCAUUCCCGACUAAAAGUGUUUCGAAACAAAUUAAAGAGCAGUCAUGCAGUACAGAUAAAGAUAAAGAGACUCAACCAGUUACUGAAGUUUCUACAAUCGUCAAGCCUACGGAUGCCAGCGCUGCAAGGUCAGAUGCGUUAUCUGUGAAACAACCAUUACAAAAAUCGGAACAAUGGUCGUGCCCAAAAUGUAUGGUUUUUAAUAAAACGGAUAUUGAAAAAUGCGUCUGCUGUGGUUAUGAAAAUAUAGUGGAAUCCAAGCCAUGGACAUGUAGUGAAUGUUGGAUUUCUAAUAAAUCAACUGAUGACAAAUGCAUUGCAUGCGGCAAUCCUAAACAAAGUAAUGGUAAAGGUGUAAAGCUAACGGAUAUAAAUGUCAAAAGUAGUUCACUUACCAACGUUUUUGGUGAUCGUACUUUCAAACCUGUAUCUUCUAGUGGAGGCAUUUCUUUCGGCUUUUCUAUCGCGAAAUCUGGUACUGACGGAUCCAGUUUACCAUUAACGACAUCUCCAGCAACAACGAAAGCAUUAAAUCCAGCCACUGUUGUUAAUGGAAAUGCUAAUACUGAAGCGUCAUUGAAAUUUGGUUUAUCGUCGAGCACAUCAGCACCAAAUUUUGGUUUUGGAAAAGCUCCGGAGGCAAACUGUUUACCAACAGUAACUGAAGAACAACCUUCGAUGUUACCAUCUCAUCAUCCGCCAAAUGCAUCAUUAAAUUUUGGCGUUUCCUUUGAUUCUGUAACAACAGCCUCAUUUGUUCCUUCUUUGACUCGCUCAUCACUUUCUUUCCCAACAUUAACUGUGACAACAUCAGCAGCUACAACUCUACCUCUAUCCGAAAGCACUUUCACCAUUCCAGUUUCAAUAAAUACAAAUCUAUUCACAUUUGGUUCUUCCAAUACAACAACAGCCGAGGAGAUUAAAACGGCGACUGCACCGUUGUUUUCUUUUGGUUCUUCAUUUCCUGCUGUUACAACCGAUACUUCUGCCGUAACCACUACCACUUCGCUGCCAUUAUUUGGUGUAGCUUUACCUGAAUUGCCGACUCCCAAAGUGCCGCUUUUUGGAGCCAGUAGCGGAUUAGUAUCAAGUCCAGAAGCAAGCCAUGAUGUCGUCGAAAUGAGUUCACCGACAACCUCACCGGUAACCUCUUCGGCAACAGUUGGGUCCUUUGGUGUGUCUAAAUCGUCGAAUGCUUUAUUCAGUUUUGGUGCUUCGAAUGCUUCAAACCCAACUACUGGAACACUGUUCGGGAAUUUGCAAACAACCGUACAAAAUCCGGUCGCUGCACCAAGUACCUCUUUGUUUUCAUUUGGACAGCAACAAACGCCGGUUGCGCUGAAGCCUUUUGAGCCACCGGCAUCAUUGACAUCAUCCCCGUCAGCUUUCAAUUUUGGCACAGCAUCGUCAAACGGUGCAGCGGGAUUUGUUUUUGGUUCGACUUCGCCGCCGCCAAGUUUUACAUUUGGUGCACAGCAACCAGUGAAUAAUGCAGCUUCAACAACAUUCAAUUUCACUCCUGUAACAGCUGCACCUGCUUUUGGGAAUAUUCCGGGAUCAGCACCAACAACCAACUUCUUCUCUGUGGGUUCAACAUCAUCGACGACUACGCGAAAGAUGUUAAAAGCACGACGAAUGAGGAAAUAG